GACAGACCCCCUUUGAAGGCACAGAACGCCUGGGAGGGAUCGGGCGGCUAAAUAGUGAGGAGGGAUGUGUGUGUGUGUUGGUAAGCGAGACAUCACCAUAUUCUUCUCCAUAAGGCGAGGAGACAUUUCCUUACCUCGGCGAGCGAGUGGGGGGGAAAAAAAGAGCGAGGGGCGCGCUGAAGGGCGGGCGCAUGCGCUGCGUGCACCAGCACCCCCUUACGCCUGAAGAGAGCGCGGGGCCGCGCAUGCGUCGGGGGGCAGCCCCGCCCACAAAGAAGACGACGACGAACGUGACGCGCGGCCACGCCCCCCCUCGCCUGACGUCAUGAGCCGGCGUCUGACCUCGCAGCUCAUUCCCGAGGGAGAGGCAGGUGGAGCACUGACAUUUUCCUCUCUUGCCUCGUGUUUACCUGGAGGAAGAGCUGAAUUUGGCUGCCAAUAAGGAGGCUGCUCUUUUGAAUUACACAAGUCAUGCUGAGGAACUGGGUGAGGUUAGGAAGAGGUCUUUCUUGCUUCGUGACCCCUAGAAAUGGGGCACAGGGCACAAUCCUUCCCACGGGGGUCCCCCAGCGUUUCUCCCACAAGCUACAAGGAAAUUCACACGCUUGGAUACUCACGUCAGAGAAAAGUGUAGACCGGGCUGUCCCCAAUCCCAGCUGGAGCCAAGAAAUGAUGCUCCAGUUCAACCGCUACAUGGAGAUGACGAAGGAUGGCAGCUGGAAGAAGCUGCCAUCUUACCGAAGUUUCUCUGAUCAUCUUCCAGAAGGACGCCAAAAGGAAGAACUCCGAAACCAAAAAAACCGCCUCUUUCUCCGAAGUAUCGAAGGGGAAGGCAUGGGCUUUGAGUACGCCAUGUUCCUGAAACCUUCGGAGAGGAGGGUGGCGGCCGUCUUCCAAAUAGGGCCCUACCUCGAGGGGCCUUCGGGGUUCGCCCACGGCGGCGCCAUCGCCACUAUCCUGGACAGCACGGUGGGGGGCAGCGUCAUCUUCAUCACCCACAAGGUGGUGACCGCUAACCUCAAUAUAAACUACAAGAGUCCCGUGGCCUUGGGCUCCGUGGUCCUGGUGGACUCCAGGGUGGACAAAAUCGAAGGCAGGAAGAUCUUUGCGAGCGGCGAAAUCCGGAGCGCGGACGGUCAGACCCUCCAUGCAGAGGCCACCGGUCUCUUCAUCGAACUGCAGCCCUCCUCUUCGCCCCGGAAAGAAACGGAUCCCAGCAUCUUCCCUUAACGGACCACCACAGACCCAGCUCCCCCUUCCUCUUCCUCAGCUCUCCCACUACAAGCCCCGCUCAGAGCUUCAUCGGUGUCUCUCCUGCCUUCUUUGCACAACUGGGGGGGAACAACAACAGGUCAAAAUUGGAACUCUCACACCUGUUUGGCACCUUGGUGGCGGAGGAGGCCGUGAAUCCCAAAAAGCUAUAUUUCCCGUCGGGUUGUCACCUUGUAACUCUGACCUGGGUGCCCUGGUUCUGAAGCCCGAUGGGUGUUUUCCGGCUGCUUUCGAACUCGCUCCCCAGUUCUUGACCCUUCGAGCGUGUGUUUUUAUUUUCACCCUUUUACACGUGGCAGAAGUUUUCUUUUAGGCCGAGCUUCCCAACGGGUGGAGUCGAAGAAAAACAUCGAUAUUGGACUGUGGGGUUGUUGGAGAUGGGGGGGGGGUGUCUCUCUCUCCUGGGUGGUUUCCUUGCAGAUGUUUCUGGACCCAAGUUUGCAACAGCAUCAAGGCUCGAAGGAGUGGGGUUUUGAGGAGGAAGAGGAGGACCCUCCACAGUGACAUUCUAACCCAGGGAGUCGGAAUCUAACCUUAAACACUCAAAAAGAGCCACAAAUGUCCUCUCCGGAUGCCCCCAUUCAAUUCUGGAGCUGACCGGAAGUCCGGUUCCCCCACUGUAGAGUCUUUACCUAGCGUAGCCUCCUCCUUCCUCUACCUGUCCUAACCGAAAGCCCUGUCAAUUGUGAAGCCGACCGGCGACAGGGAGCCGCAGCCGAGGGAUGAAAAGAGCCACAUGCGGCUCCGGAGCCACAGCUUGUCGGCCCCUGAUCUAUCUAUAUCCAGAUUGUCGCUUUUGAGAGCCGCUCUUCUUGGGGAUGGUUGCAGAGAAGGAGGUUGAGUGAAAAGGGAGACCCCCCCAGGUUCCGUACGGUCCAGCGGGGCAGCCUUACCUGGUUGGUCACCGACACCUGAGAAGGUUUCUACCCAAGUGCUGACAAUCACAGCAUCCCGCAUUCAACAACCUUUGUCCCUCUUCACUGGGUCUUCUCGCGGUGUGUGGGGUGCCAAACCUUAUGCCUUGGGGUGCCUCGUUAGAUGCCUACCUCUUUGCCCCGCCUUCUGAGUGCCUUGUGGGAGGAUUAUUUAGCACUUACCCUACUUCUACACAAGUAUUUUACAUGUUGGUUUGAGUAACCGCGAAAUUGCAAACGAGAAAGUUAAAAUAUAAUUUAUUCUCUACAAUGUGUCUGCUCUUGUUUCGUCCUUGGGAAACGUUUUGCGUAAAUUCUUUUUCUUCCUGGCUUUCCUGAUGACAGCUGGGAGCUAAGGAGAAAAACGGUCACAGGGUCAGGGAUUGCAAAAGAGGAGACCAUGUCCACAUCCCUCACGGCCUGUAUGGUCAUUCGUUAAUUUUAAUUUAAGGGUCCCCUGGGUGGAGAAAUACCAGAGAUGCGUUACAUACAACUCGGCCUCUCUUGUGUAACUUGGCAACUUCAGUGCCAGUUGAGCAACAGGUUGCUGGUUCAAUCUCGGAGAGAAUGUGCCCACGAAUCUGGGAUUAAGGGCAGGUGAACGUAUCCAGGUUUAUCGUGGAAAGUUCUUGGCAUAAAUCAUUUGGGGAGGGGGGGGGACCAGCCACUUCUCAAGUCCUCCUAGAUUUUGAGGGUGUGUCUUCACUGGAAGGAAGACACUAUAGGCUUACUCCAAUUGGUCCUGGGUGACUUUCCCCCACUGCUGAUGGAAGGGAGGGGACUCUUAAAACUGUUGGGAGUUGAGUUCUGCCCGUAGAAAGAGCUUCAGAGAAGAAGACACGCUUCCCAAGAGCUCAGCGGUUCAGAAGGUUCAGAAUGCAUCGUGUUUUGAGGAGCGUCAACCAGAGGGUCAAAAGGAUUGGCCACCAGGAAACCUCGUGAGUCGACAACGAAAGAACUCUUGGUGCAACAUCCCCCCCCCCCGUGUGCUGUUCCGAAGGACCUCCACAGUGAGUAUUGGGGAGGGUUUAAAAAGACAGGGAGGACAACCCUCUCCAAAUAAACGUCUUCAUCCCUGGUUUUGGAGGACCAUCUAAAAGGUUCUGGGAUCCUAAGGAGAUGCUGGAGGAUCCUCAGAAGGUUGAGCCUCCUGCAUUCAGAGAGGGAACUCCGAGCCUAAGAGACCUGACGGGAUGGACAGAGAAGAUAGAAGACCUGCAAAUAACCCACCCAUGUCCCUUGAAGCGUCGUGUGGGGUCCCUCAACGCAAGUAUCUUGUCUUCCUUCCCACCAACAGCCCCACCAGCCUCUCCAGGACCUUGGCUUCCCCAACCCAAGUUGGGAGUCGAGAGAUGAUGGCCCAGUUUGAGAAGUUCACCAAGAUGUCCGAGGACGGGUCGUGGCAACACUUGCCGAGUUAAUGAGAACGGUCUCGCAGGUAUCCUGGGCCUAAGCCAUGUAUUGAAUGGGAAAUUCCUAGGUAAUUGGACGAUUAAUUUGAUGUACUGUCUGUUGAAAUUCUUAGGCGUGUCUAAGUCUUUGUUGCACCCUCAAGGUAAUUGAAACUUAAGAUGUCUCCAAUCCAAAAGGACACGAGAAAAGUUUCAUCCUUGUAGUUAAAGUGUGUUUAAAUGAAUCCUGGCUGGAGAAUUCUGGGAGUUGAAGUCCACAAGUCUUAAAGUUGCCAAGUUUGGGAACCACUGGUUUAGGACAUUAUAGGAACUUUUCUUUUUGUAUUCUUCCUACGUACUUCUCCGCAACAUUCCAAAAUGAACUACUCCUUUUCGAUAUGUCACGUUUGUCUCGUGUAUGGAAACGCCUUGAGAAUGCUCAGUGUGGGACACGCUGCACGCUUGACAGGCACUUACCUUUUACGCACGUGUUUUUAUUACAUGUUGGUUUGAAUGACAGCCUGGCAAUUGCAAACGAGAACAAUAAAUGUACUCACUCUUUUAUGUAUAUCUUGUUUCAUCCUUGGGAACCGGUUUGGGUAAAUUCCUGCUGUUCUUCCUGAUUUUCCUGAUGCCAGCUGGGUGCUAAGCAGGAAAAUGGCCACAAGUCAGGGAUUGGGGGGGUGGGGAGAUAAUUUCCAAACCCCUCAUUAAUUUUAAUUUAAGAGUCUCCCGGGUGGAGAAAUACUCUUAAACACAGGUUCCAGGAACAAGUUGGU